AUGAGCGUUUCAGAUAACUGCCCAGAAGAUCAUCACAAGAGAUCAACUAAGAACAAAUUCAGUGAAGAAGAAGACAAGAUCAUCAUUGAGAAAGUUCGCUCUCUUGGUUGCAAGUGGUCUCAAGUUGCGAAAUUUUUACCAGGAAGGAACUCUCGCCAAGUCAGAGAGCGUUACAACAAUUAUUUGUGCCCAUUAAUCGACACAAACGAAUGGUCACAAGAGGAAGACAAAAGUCUCAUGCAGCUUGUCUCUAAGUAUGGAUGCAAGUGGCGGACAAUAUCUCUUUUCAUGGUAUCACGUUCUGAUGUCGGCGUCAGAAACAGAUACAGACUUCUCAUGAGGCACAAAACUUCAUCUUCGAAAGGAACGAGACGAGAAAGACAAAAUUCAAAAGAUGAUGAAGUAUUAUCACCUUCGACACCACAGACAACACCACAGUAUUCGUCUCCAGAAAUGCAAACUACUGAGGUUUGCACAGAUUCUGUUUCAAAUAUAUCACAAGUACCAGUUACUUAUUCCAACCAAGACAUCAGUGGUGUUGACAUAUUCAAUGAUGAUUUCGAUUUCGACACUUUCUGUUUUGACUUCGAAUUCUAA